ACGUACAUAGUUUUGCGUCACUUCCGCUUCUUCUCAGCAAUGGCGGCCUCCACCAAUGCGGACGGCGUGAGUGGAGCCCAAACAGCUAAAAGCCCUAAAAAGACCAAAAUCCAAGUGGAGGAAUCUGAGCUCCUGACCGUUCCUGAUGGGUGGAAAGAGCCGGCGUUCACGAGAGACGACAACCCCCGCGGGCUGCUGGAGGAGAGCAGCUUCGCCACGCUGUUCCCCAAAUACAGGGAAGCUUACCUGAAGGAGUGCUGGCCGCUGGUGGAGAAGGCUUUAGGAGAGGCACACAUCAAAGUCUCUCUGGACCUGAUAGAGGGCAGCAUGACUGUCAGCACCACUAAGAAGACAUUUGACCCGUACGCGAUUGUGAAAGCAAGGGACCUCAUUAAGCUGCUGGCAAGGAGCGUCCCAUUCGAGCAGGCUGUCCGCAUAUUACAAGAUGAUAUCGCCUGUGACAUCAUCAAAAUCGGGACCAUGGUGAGGAACAGAGAGCGGUUUGUAAAGCGAAGGCACCGCCUGAUCGGCCCUAAGGGCUCCACCUUAAAAGCUUUAGAAUUGUUGACCAACUGCUAUGUGAUGGUGCAGGGAAACACUGUGUCGGCACUGGGGCCCUACAGUGGCCUUAAAGAGGUACGCAAAGUGGUAAUGGACACCAUGAAGAACAUCCACCCCAUCUAUAACAUCAAGACACUGAUGAUCAAACAAGAACUUUCUAAAGACCCAGACCUGCGGACACAGAACUGGGAACGCUUCCUGCCCAAGUUCCGCCACAAGAACCUCUCCAAGCGUAAGGAACCCAAGAAGAUGAGUGUGAAGAAGGAGUACACUCCGUUCCCUCCACCGCAGCCAGAAAGCAAGGUUGAUCAGGAGCUCGCCUCAGGGGAGUUCUUUUUACGGGAAAGCGUGAAAAGGAGGAAGAAGAUGGAGGAAAUUAAAGUCAAACAAGCAGAAGCACUGUCCAAGAAGCAGGAGGAGCGAAACAAAGCCUUCAUUCCUCCCAAAGAGAAGCCGUUAAUGAAGAAGACAGCUAAAGAUCCUACAGAGGGUAAACUGGACAUCGCAGCCAUCAAGGACAAGGUGAAAAAGGCCAAGACGAAGAAACUGGGAGCUCCACCUGUGAAUCCGUCUCCUCCCACCAGCAGCACCACAAAUAAAAAGAAGAAGAAAACAAAAGGCAAAGGCUAACACCACUCCAGGCCCCAUCACAUAAGGGAAACAUACCAUGCUACGUGGUAUUUGUUGGACAGAGCGUAGAUGCUGGAAACACGGCGGAGGAUAGGGAGUGAAGGAAUUCCUCCCAUGUACCCUCAAAGUCUCAAACAUGCUUUCAUCAUUUUAGGAUACAAAGAGAGUUAAAGAUGAUGUACAGAUGCAUUUCUUCUUUUCUUGUUCUCAUUUCCUGUGUACUGCUACGGUUUUGGAUAGAUUAUGUAGGUUGUUCCCUGUUUUUGCAAAGACUGUGUGUCACUGAGGAGGAUGCUGAGUCUCUCAGAAAUGUAUAAUAAAAUAUUUUUAUUAUCUAAA